GUGGUGGCUCUCACUCUCACUCCCCGGAUGCGUGCGGAACGGGCGAGGGAGAAAGAAGGGCAGAAUUAAAUCAAACCCUCCAGGCUCCUUGUCUCAAAUAGGGGACGUGACUGGCCCCGUGGACUAGUCUCACUAAUGGGUUCAGUUGCCUGUGGAGUCUCGACUACCUCAGGCGGAGUGCCAUUUUUAAUCUUCGGGGCGGGCCCGGCCCUCUUAUAUUGGCCUCUCCCCUGCCCGGUUUCAUUCCAAUCUCCUUUCCCCUCCCCUAUCGGGUUUCAUGGCGAGACUUCGGGUUCACCGCUUAAAUGAACGUAUUUGAUCGGGUUCUGGCGCCCAUAUGUAAUCCCGUCGUAUAUUCCUCCCUUUCGCUUCUCCCUCGACUGGCAAUGCACCAUGCCUCGCGAGUCUAAUGAGCCCCUUGACCGCGAGGAUGCCCCGUUUCUCGCCUCGGGUGAAACCACGCCGCCCGUCCAGGAGGAGCCCGACCAGUAUGACGCCCAGAAAGAAGCCAAUCGCAAAAUUCGCUUUCGCUUGAUGGUCACCCUCUUCGCUAUGAUCCUGGCCGUCGAAGUCGGCAUCUGCAUGUCCAAUGGUCCCGUCACCCGCAUAUACGAGUCCAUCGCCUGUCGAGAAUACUACGCGCAAUAUGACCCGACCCAGAUCGGGGCGGACGGGGAGGUCCCGGAGGAAAUGUGCAAGGUCAAGGCGGUCCAACAGGAUCUGGCUGCCGUGAAGGGCUAUAUGGAGUUUUUCGAUGGAAUUCUGAGUGCUCUGCUAGCAAUUCCAUAUGGUCUUUUGGCAGAUCGACGAGGACGAAAGUCCACCAUUUGUCUGAGCAUCCCCGGCUUUGCCCUCAAUUGCAUUAUGCAGCUUACCGUUAUGUGGUUCCCCAACGUCUUCCCGCUGCGAACCGUAUGGGCAUCAUCUUUGGCGUGGUUGUUUGGUGGUGGCCCUGUCGUGGCGUUCGCUAUCAUCUGGACGAUGAUGUCGGAUGUGUCGACAGAGGAGGAGAGAGCUGCGAUCUUCUUCAGAUUCGGUGUGGCUAGCAUGGGGGCCGACUUUGCGUCCAGCGCUGCUAGCUCUUGGAUGAUGUCCUUAGACCCAUGGCUACCCUUGUUGCUGGGAUGGGGUCUGGCGGUUAUUGGCAUGUUCUUUGCAUUGUCGCUACCGGAGACAAUGCCGGUGAAACCAUCGCAGCCGACUUGGAAGCAACCGAGCAUGGAAAUGAGCCAAGUAUCCCCGGGGAACUCCGAGUAUAAGGAUGUCCCGAGCAAGGAACAAGAGCGGGAGGUAUUCAGCGACGAAGAGACAAUUCAGGACGGCGAGGCCGCUUUUACGACAAGUACAACGAAACGACCUUUCUUCGCUAUGGUGAAACACCGAUUCCGGUCCUAUCUGGCGCCCUAUUCUUUCAUUUUGAGAAACAAGCAGAUCAUGCUGCUUCUCACCGCAUUUCUUGUCUACCGGCUCAGCCGUGGCUCGUCCUGGUUCUUGGUCCAGUACAUCUCCACGCGGUUCAAGUGGACCUUGGCCGAAGCGAACUUUCUCAUGUCGUUCAAGCCAGCAUUGACCAUUCCGUUGUUCCUAUUUAUUCUGCCGGCCAUUUCCCGGCAAUUGCUGAAGACCAUGAAGCCGACUCAGAAGGACCUCCAGCUUAUGCGCAUUAGUAUCGGAUUGUUGGCCGUGGGAACCUUGGGCAUUGGGCUCUCUUCCAGCAUUGCCGUGCUGAUUCCAAGCCUUCUAGUUCAAACUUCUGGGUCAGGGUUUGUCUUCCUGACCCGGGCUCUAAUCACCACGUUGGUGCACCGCGAUGAGACGGCGCGUCUCUUCACCAUUAUUGAGGUUCUGCAGUCGGUGGGGAACGUCAUUGCGAGCUUGUCCAUCACGACAGUAUUCCAGAUCGGUCUGGAAAUCGGUGGUCCGUGGAUCGGACUGGCGUGGAUGAUGACGGCGACUGCCUUUACGCUGGUGGGCGUCGCCGUAUGGAUGUUCCGACUUCCUCCUCGUCAACCGGAUAAGACGGAGAGUGACGAGGAGAUAUGACGACGGAAUUGGGACUUGUAUAUAUAAACGACGCGACUUCACUUUCACAUGAUGUAAAUAGGAUUGAUAUAGAUGGUUCGGAGUUAAUAAGAGUUCACUUUCACUUGGA